GGUUUCUGCAUUGUGCAACUAUUUCAGUUACAUUUUUAAUUAACGAUGCCAAGUACUUGUUGUUGUGUACCUGGAUGUCAUUUAAGAGGAGGACAUGCAUUUCCAAAUGACUUAAAAAGAAGGAGAAGUUGGAUCAACGCCAUGACCCAUACGCAGAUUGGACGAGAACACGAUGAUAUCGUGGAGUCCAUCUCAAUCAGCUGUUGUUUGCAAGGCACAUUUUACUGAAAAAGACUACGUGCAGGAAACUAUUCAUGGGCACAAACCCACCAUACAGAGACUUAAGUCUACUGCAAUUCCCAGCCUAUUUUCCUGGACCAAGCAAGAGACUGAAUCGUCCGCAAAAAGAAAAAUCAGGGCAGUUUCCUGUGAAAACAAAAGAACUAAACUUGAUGAAUAUUGUAGUAGAAAUCUAGAGGAAAGUUUUGAUUGUAAAGUUGGUUUUCCUGAAGAAGUCAUUCAUACUGCAGAAUGGAUUUAUGACUGUCCACCACCAACUGCCGAGCUAAUGUUGAGCUUCACAGAUGGAAUUACGCAAACACCAUCAAUGCCUAUGUUUUCAGCAGAGAAUUUUGAAAUGAAGACACGUGACACAGCCAUGCAUUUUUAUACCGGUUUAGAGUUGUAUACUAAAUUUUUAUUUGUUUUGACCACACUUGGUCCAGCAGCACAUUGUUUGAGAUACAUAUAUUUUCAAAUUGAUAGGGUGUCAGUUGAAAAUCAGUUUUUUUAUGACUUUGAUGAAAUUGAGGCAUCAUACAACCAACUUUGAACUGUCUAGAUUCUAGAUUGAAUCUAGUGUUAAGAAUAUUGUGUAUACAUGGAUUGUUUUUAUGUCUAAACAGAGGUGUGAGGCUAACACUUGGCCAUCUAGUGGUUUAGUCAGGUAUUUUUCACCAUCCAACUUCAAAUUAAAGUUUCCUACGA